AUGCCAAUUAAAAGAACUAGAACUACUUCUACUUCGGCUGAAUCUAAUUCUGCGAGUAAAUCAGCUAGAGGACGUGGGAGGCCGCUUUCAGCUUCUCAAACUCUAAAUACAUACGGAAAACGUGAACAAGAACACGUAGCUGCAGAUACUGAAGAAGAUUUGAUGCAAAUCGAUAAAUCAAGGUCAGCUAAUGUUGAAAGUCCACAAAGCUCACCCAGACUAGGAAUUCAAGAUUCACAGGAUUCACAAAUGGACUUUUUACAACGAAGUCUUGAUAGAGUAAAUGUACGUGACUCUCGGGACUCUUUCAUGCCACCUCGUACACCUAGAUAUCGUAGCGCAUUGGGGAGGGAAACCAGUGACGAAGACGACAAAGAAUUACCACCAAAUGUAGGUAGAGAGAACAUACCUGGCUAUGCACAAGGUCUUGAUGAAGUUACCAUAGUAAAAGUAGCGUGUGGUGGUAACAUUACGUUGGCUUUAACAGACGAUGACGAUGAAGAUAAUGCUCAACAAAGAAUAGGACAAAAAGUUACUACACCAACUAAAAUUAAUAACUUUGUUCCGUGUAAAUUCAUCGCAACGGGAGAUUACCAUUCAAUUGCAGUUAGCAGGGAUGGUAAAUUGUAUUCAUGGGGGUUUGGAGAACCAUUUGGAAGUGGUGACGAAGAGAAAAAGGACCCAUAUUUACUAUCUGGUGAAAGACUUGCAGGGCGGUCUAUCUUGGCAAUUGGUGGUGGAUCUCAACAUACC